GGACGAGGAUGCUGGAAGUUUGCCCUGCCACGUCCAAAUCUUCCGCCUGUGGAUGUUAAACGCUCCAUUCAACGAUGUUACAAAACCCUCCAUUCUUUUGAACGAUAUUUUACAGAUAAUAUGAAGAACGUUAAAAUUCUCUGGUCGAAAUCGUACUUUUGGCAACCGAUUAAAUUAUGAAGGCAGUGGGGUGUCUUGUUGGGGACGAGGGAGGAUCACAUGCCAUCUCACCUCUCCCUCGUUUGAACGGUGUUUAUUUCCCUGGUCAGGAUAAUUUCUGGUGGUCUUUUGGCCAACGAUGAAAAUUGAGGCGUUGGCAUGUUUCUUUCUGUGGUUUCCUUUCAGGCCACCUUCCUCUGAUUAUUAGGGUUUUGCUGGAUUGGAUUCGGUGAGGAAGAUUUUCAGUCGAGGAGGCAUCGAGUCAAAAGUCAUUUCUUUGGUCGUCUUUUGGGAUAUCUCUUGAUUUCUUAAUUGAGAUGAUUCGUUGCCAUCGACGGCCCCAGAGAGACAGGGAGUUGGUAACGUUUAUUCUUCCCUUUCGUUGCUUUCGGAGUUCUAGUCUCUCUGGAGAUGAUUCGUUGCCAUCGUUGCCCCUGCAGAAACAGAGAGUUGGUAGCGUCUUUUCUUUUCCGUAGCUUCUGGGGCUCCAAUCUCUCUGUUUCAUGGAGGGGACGCCCUUUCUGGACGGUGGUAGGGAAGCAUUUGGCAUUAAAUCUGUUGACCAUCACCUUGGAUCGAAAAGAACUAUGAUUCUGGGAUCGGAUCAGAGCAACUCGUCCGAUGGAUGCCGGCAUUUCUCCAUUCGUGGAUAUGUUGGAGAAAUUCGCAGAUUGAACAGGAAGAUUUGUUGGCCUUUUUCUAUAUAUGAUAAUAAGGAUAAUCUUGAUAAAGAAACUGAAAGACUACCCCCUCUAUCUGUUCCAAAGUUUAAGCAGUGGUGUUGCCAAAAGUGUUCAGGAUGCACUGGCAUUUGUCUGGAUGACCCAAAAGGAGAUAUCCUUGAAGGCACUUGUGACUACAAUGUAAAAGCCUGCGCAAUGCACAUUGAACUAAAAAUUGAACAUGUUUCUGUUGAUAGCAGAGAAGAAUAUUCAAGGGCUUCUAACUAUGAGAGUGGCUGCAAAAGUUUACUACCCAUAAGUAUCACAAGUGGAAUAAGAAAAGAUGAAGGUCAAGAGCAUUGUGUUAGUGAAAAAAAAUUGGAGAGCUUUGUAUCAUCAACUACUGCUGCUACUGCAAUUGAGAGUGUUCAUCUCUCAGAUUGCUUUGCUAAUGCUGAAGGUCAGGAAGCUACUGAGACAAGGCAUGAAGAAUUCACAAAUGCUUUAGGUCUUAAAGCAUUGGAAAGAAAAGAGAAGUCCAGAAAAAAGGUUGCAAAAAGAUUGGUUGAUAGGAAACAAGAUGAACUUGGCCAGGGCAAGCCUGUGCCAGACAGGAAGUUGGAAAACAACCUAUCAUCUAAACUGGCUGUUCAAGAAUUUUCAAGUAGAGGUUUUGAUAAAAAUAGUAAUUUUGAAUCAGACAUUCGAAAAUCUUUAGGUCACAUUAAUUGUGGUUGUGAUCAGGAAAAGAAUUUAGAGUUGAACAGGAAGAAUGUCCCAGGUAAAGGGAAGAAGAAUGUGAAACUAGACAUAGAUCAUAACAAGCAUCGUGAUAUUAUUUCGUGUUCUGGACGCAAAGAUGAUCAGGAUGCUGGAUCAGGUUCUGUAGUGGCUGAGAUCUGCUACCUGAACUUGGGUUCAAGUGAUUGUGAUUCUUCUGGAGAUGAUUAUUGCCUGGAGGAAAGCAAAAUUUUCAGUCCGCAUAAUGUAGUCCAUCAAAUGCAAGGGCAUCCGAGUGUGGAAAAUUGCGGAAGUCGGCAUUCCAAUGACCAAUUUUGUUUGGACGUAACUGCAUGUAGGAGAACUCAAAAAACACGGCUGCUAUCGGAUAUUAUAAACGAAUGUGAUAUGUUGGCAGCGAUGGAAAGAGCUUCUGUUUCAAAGAGAAUUGCAGCCAUGGGAAGCCUCAAGGAAAGGAUUAUUCCGGUGAAAACAUCUUCUGAGGGUUCUCCUACUAAAAGCCAUGUGGAACCACAUGAAGAAUUUACAGAGUCCAAUGAGAUGAAUAACAAGGCGGCAAGCCACAUUAAGGUUUCUGAUUCCACAGUUGGUUCGUCCCAGGAUUCAUUGUGUUCAUCUUCAAACAAAUAUGAGGAGAAAACCAAAGUUCAAGGGUGUCUAGAAGUCCACGAGAAGUCAAAUAAUUGUGCUACUGAAAUUCCUGGAGAUGAGCAAAAGGACUCAGAAACUACUAUUGAUGAAAUUCCAAUGGACAUUGUGGAACUUAUGGCAAAAAACCAGCAUGAGAGACGCCUUUUUCAUGCUGCUGAACAUAAAAGCAUGAAUCAGUUGAUAGAUACCUGUUCAAAGAGGGCUCCAAGCAUAAUGGACAUUACUGCUGUCCUCGAAAAUGAUGUUGCAUCUUUGUUAGAUGAGGAUGUCUCUUUCAGUCAAAAUCUAGAAUAUACUAAUGCAAGAGAUAAAAUGUUUACUGAUACAAGAGAGAAUGUGUUCACAUGCGUAAGAAAAGCAACUGAAAUUGAAAGUGAUCAAAUGGGCUUGAGUUCUGUUAUAAACAGGACGGAUCAUAUGAGUGCAUGCAAAAGGAAACUGCCUCCUUCUACCACUGACCUUUCUAGUGAACCAUGUUUUCCUGUUAGUGAUCAUUACAUGCAGAACUUUAUACAAGAAUCUGGUUGGAACAAAAAGGCAACAGGAUGCAGAUGGUUCCCAGCUUCCAUACAGCCUGCACAAGAAUAUGACAUGCUUCACUUAGCUCCAAUGCAGUCUUCAAUGUCAAUGCAUAAGUCACCUGUGGGAAUGCAGACUACCCAGACGAUUAAAUUUGAAUCUCAUUGCUGUAGCAGAGAUUCAGAUUAUCUAGAGCCAGUUGUUAUUGCAAAAGGAAGUGGAAAGAUGAUUGAUCCUGGGAUUCUUGACACGAAAGGAAUGAACUCGAGAGCUGCCCCCUACCAAAACAGGAAGGAGAUGGUUGUCUCGAAAACCCCUGAAAAAAUCUAUCCAUUUUCUUGGGGGAAUAAUGAAGUUGAUUAUCAUCCAAAAGACAUGCUUGUCUCAGAUCUUUACAAGAAUGAGGCUAUCUCAGCUGUGAAUUUACUGAGGUUAGUGAACAGGGACACACUAUCUAGUGCGUUGGACAAGUCCUGUGAUGAAAGCAAUGCAUGCCUCAUGAAUAAAUCUCUGUCUUUCCACAAUAAUCAAUCAAAUGUAUCUGUUGUUCCAGUGGGUUAUGUAAACAAUAUUAGUGAGACUUCUCUGCAUCCAAUGACGCCAGAAGGCUGUGAUCUUAAUUUUCCAUUAAGAAGCGUAGGCAGGCUACUGAGUCCACUUACUGAUGUCAGUGGUGCAUGCUCGUUGCAGAAGGACAGACCUCUGGACCCUGACAAUCGCAAAAUGCCCUUUUGUUCUAUGGGUCACUUUUCCUCCAAGGUUUCUCUUAUGAUGCACAAAGUGAUGUCUUAUCCUAGCCCUCCGGAAUGUGAUCAGGAAUGCUGUUCGGGGUCUCAUAAAUGUACACCAUUCCAUUGCUUUGAUAAGAAGGCUCAGUGUUCUUGGGAUCCCGUAAACAUCUCCAGGCAUUCCCAGAAAAGGGAUCAGUUGUCCCCUUUCCGUGCAAUUGAAAUAUGUGGUGAGAAGGAUGCAAAGCCUCAAUUUGGGGCAAGUGACUCCAUGAUGGAGAUUUGCACUCUGAAUAGAAAUCCUGCUGAGAUCAGCAUGUACGAGGAAGAAGAUGGCAGUUCUAUUGUUCAGCCUGAAUUUCAAAAAUUUGGAAAGUUGUCUCCGACAAGGAACAGAUAUUGGAAGCGACAAAAAACUGUGAAGCUUGCUGCAAUAAAAGCAAAUAUCUAAUAUGCUGCUGAGUCAUGUCGCAUGUGUUCCAUUAGAUUUUAGUGAAAACCGAUCCAAAGCUACGGUAAAGAGUAUUGGACUAUCUUUGGGCUUCGGACAGUUGUUGCUGGCAAGUUUCUGAGCGCCAAGGUAACGGCUCAGUUGUGGGUUUGUGAUACCAUAUGGAAGUCUAAUGCUAUCAGAAACAAAGGUUGUCAAUUGAAUUGCUGCAACAGCACAACAACAUACUAAAGAAUGGGGCUCCUGGUGAACGGGGAAUAUCAAUAUAAUUUCAAAAACCUCAGAAUCUUGUAAUUUAAAGCCUCGGAAAGUUCAGUUACCAUUAGUGCGUCAAUAAAGGUAUGUAUAUCGCUUGUUGAAUAUAAAGAGAGGGUGAAACAUCUGGUCUGUUGCUCGAGAGCUGGUUUCAUCAUGUGGGUUGUACACAGGUUCUGUAUUUGUUGAAAAUGGCAUGACCAUACAUUUAAAGUUACAUCAUUGGUGUGGUGAUUGUUACGAUACUUUGGCAAAAAAAGGAACAAGAUAUGUAGGAAAACUUUGGCUAGUACAGGAAAUUUUUUUCCUCUACCGUCAAUUGUUGGUUUUCUUUUCUUUGUAUCUUUCUUCGUUGAUGUUGUCAAAGCUUGUAUGUACUUGUGAAAGUUCAAGGCUAUUCAGCUGUUACCUUUGUAAGGAGCCGAUGGAUAGUUUGACUUGCUUAAGAUCUUUGUGCAAGAGUUUUGCAAGUCCAUUUC